CCGCCUGCGGACGAACCGAAAUAAAUCGAACGACGCCGAGUCGAUCAGCAGUACGUUGUUGGCCGUACGUGAGCGUUUCUUGCGUCAGUAAUGAUCAAAACGAACUGUGGUGGUCGUCGUGGUUGUUUGUGGUACUGCACAAAGACGAAGCAGCUGUGAUUGGCAGUUUGUGUCCCGAGCUACGAGACGCAAGGUAGAGAGAGGAUCGAAUACUCGCAUCGUCGCUCGCUCGCUCGCUGCAGCGCUCACGGAUACAUAUGGAGGUGUCCCCGAACCGGCGCUGUCUGAACCAGCUCAACAGCUGAUCGGAGUACGAAGCGGCGGUGAACGGGGCUACAAUCGCACCACCACCCCGCGUUUCCGAGAGAUUGAAUCUUGUGUCCGCUAGGUAAAACACGGAUAUCUUGGCGGAGAAGACGGAUCUAUCCUCGCGCGCUUCGCAGAAGGAUAGAGCGAAGUGUGUCUCGCUCGCUUGGAUACGCCAUCAUGGUGAAAACUUUUCAAGCGUACCUACCUUCCUGUCACCGCACUUACUCGUGCAUUCACUGCCGUGCUCAUCUCGCUAAUCACGACGAACUCAUCUCCAAGUCCUUCCAGGGCAGUCAAGGUCGUGCCUAUCUCUUCAAUUCCGUGGUGAACGUUGGUUGCGGUCCCGCGGAGGAGCGAGUUCUGUUAACUGGACUGCACGCUGUCGCUGACAUCUAUUGCGAAUGUUGCAAAACCACCUUAGGAUGGAAAUACGAGCAUGCGUUCGAGUCAAGUCAGAAAUAUAAGGAAGGAAAGUUUAUAAUUGAACUUGCCCACAUGAUCAAGGAGAAUGGAUGGGAAUGAAGAGCAAAAGGGAAUAGAACAGUUCCCUGUGCCUCUCGUCAAACUUUUCCUAAUAACGCCUACAACGUUGUUCUAAUUAACAAUGUGCGGCCCCCUCUCUACUCGAACCACCAACGAAAGUCUGUGAUUUCAUUUGUGAUUUAUAAUCUUAAUCUCUCGUAAUCUUCGUUUCGGACAAUUCAACAUCGGUUUGCUUCUCUGAUCAAAUCGAGUUAAGCGAGGGCGAUCUGUAUUCGCCAGUGAACACACACACACACACACACACACACACACACACACACAUCGCAACAAUACAUGUACACGUACAUCACCGGGUGUUGUAAAGAAAUUAUUUUUCAAAGGAAGAAAAGAUAGUAGAGUAAGACGAUAAUGUCGAGCUACGGUGGAGUAUGAAUGGGGAGUAUGAUGAAGGUGCCAUGGUGGAAGUAAAGAAGCUAGAUCGCUCGGUACGAGCAGUGGGGUGCCCCUCCUCUCUAAUUUUGAUUCAUUAUCUUUGUAGACAUUGCGUGGCGGCGUGUGUCAACACUGUGAAUGUUAAAAAUUAAACGCGCGGGGCACCCCGACAAUCAGUUUUAUCCACAUUUUCUCGCACUGGAACAGCGCAAGUGCCACAGACUUUGCCGGACUGAUUGCCUGCCUGCCGCGUCUAUCAUUGGAAUUUCACUGCCGAUAUUCCUAAUACUAAUUAAGGAUUACUACGUCUCGCAUCCUGACGUGGUGACGUACUAUAGUCUCUUAGUUUAGCGUACAUUAUAGAAUACUAAAGCCUAUAUUACGUUAUUAUAGGACUUUGUGGAUAUAGAAAAUAGGAAUAAAUCAGAGUGAUGCAAGGGAAGCACGGGGAAUAAAAGAAAGAGAGAAUAAAUGUAAUGUAAUGCAAAUGAGUCGUCACAUAUAUAUGUGACAUAUAUACAUAUAUGAAAGAGAGAAUGUAGAAAAGACUAGUUGUGUGUCACGUGUUACGUUUGGUGUUACGUUCACACGUUUUGCCAGACUAUCCGUUCAUCUGCCAGUCGCCACCGUUACUGCAGUAGUACCAUCUUCUAAUAUGUUUAUGCGUUUUCAUCAGUUGGGUAGAGCGUGGGAUGAUUGGAUCUUUAGUUGUAAACUUUUACAACUGCGAAACUUCCUAUGUGCACGUAAUAUAUAAUAUUCGAAAUAUAGACAAAGAUAAUUGUACGUUUAACAUUGAUUUCAUUAAGGUAAAGAUUAAUCAUCAUGAUUACGCGAAUCCUACUAUUUGCAAACAGAUUAUUUACGAGAAUACGAGGCUUUUUUUAUUCAUUCGCUGAACAUUGCAACACGGUGUAUAACUGAAUCGUCGCGUUAGCGAAAUGUCUUUGUAAACAAGAUGAUGAUAAAUUUAUCACGUUUCACUCCUUGACGAGUUCUUCCGCCUGCCAACUUUCUUGCUACGAUUAUCGAAACGAUAACGUUAGUAAAUUUACGCUGACAUCAACUUUCCGAAACUGUUUCUCGUUUUCGUGCACGUGUUACAUUAGUGGCAAGUUGCGCCCGUUGCAUCAAGAGAGAGAGAGAGGAUUAUAAUUUGUACCGCAUAAAAUACUUUAUGCUAUCGAUAAUCUUUUGCACCAUUUUUCACACACAGAAUUAUGUCUAGAUAAAGCAUAUGUAUUUAGCUUUCGACUGCAUACAUACGAAAGUGUAUUUGCGCGUAUGUAGGGAAAUGUCUGCCUGCUUAUCUGCAAUCCGACCGUUUGCUCGACUGAUUGAUGGAAUAAAUUGAAUGAAUGUUUGAAUGAACGAAUGAAUGAGCUGGCCUAAUAUUUACGCUGUCACUCAAAGAGUACUUUUUAUAUUAAUGUACCGAUCCCAUUGCUCCUUCCCAUCCGCACUCACCUUUUCCGAAUCUUGUUAAAAUGUACCUAUCAACACUAAUUCCGUAGUCUUCAGCUCCUCCACAACUUCCACCGUCACAAGAUUUGCUUUGUAAAACGUGUUCUUAAUAAAAGAAAAAGAGAAGGAAAACAUA